CUCUUCCUUCGAGUCUCCGCAGCUGGCCCCAUUCUGAGGCGGCCCGGGACUUGUACUUAAUUCAUCAUCCGAAGUGCACGCCGGCAAGUCCUCCUUUCGGUCUCCAGUAGUCCGGUCCGUUUAGGUCCGGGCUGCCUCCUCUGCGGUGGGAAAAUGUGCUGUGAGAAGUGGAGCCGCGUGGCCGAAAUGUUUCUCUUCAUUGAAGACCUGGAGGAGGAUAAUAAGAUCCUUUGCCUGUGCUCCAGGGCGUUUGUGGAGGAUCGAAAAUUAUGCAAUUUGGGAUUAAGAGGUUACUAUGUUAAAGGCAAUGGCAACAAUGCAGGAGACCAAGCUACAGAAGAGGAAGAAGGUGAUAAUUCCCACAGUACUAAAGAAUCAUGUGAUAGCAAAAGAAUAGGCCUAGAUGAAAGUGAACUUGAUUCUGAGGCUGAACUCAUGAGAAGUAUGGGACUGCCACUUCAAUUUGGUGGGAUGGCUGCACAUAAGAAUUUUGAAGUGUCUAUGAAUUCUAGGAAUAAAGUUAAAAUAAAAAAGAAAAAGAAAAAGCAUCAAAAGAAGUACUUAGAUGAGAUUAUUAAAGAAUCUUUGAGACAAGACUGUGAAGAAGAUGACAUUUUGGCUUCAGAUGAUCCAUCCUCAGUUGAACAGUAUGAGAACACCAGAACAUGUAAACUUCGAUCCAAAAAAGACAUUGAAACUGAAAAUCUUUCUGUUGAAAAUACAUUGUCUCCAAAGCUAGAAAUUACAGAGAAAUGGGGAAAGUACUGGAAUGAAUAUGGUGGAGGACUAUUGUGGCAAAGCUGGCAAGAAAAACAUUCAGAUCAAACACUAUGUUCUGAACCUUGGAACAUUCCUGAUACUAAGGCAGAAUGGGAACAGCACUAUAGUCAACUUUAUUGGUAUUAUUUAGAACAAUUUCAGUAUUGGGAAGCUCAGGGUUGGACUUUUGGUGACUCACAAAGUUGUGAUACAAAUACGUGUGGGUCUAAAACAGAAGUUGACAGUGAGAAAGAUGAAAAUUGUGUGAAUGCAGACUUACAAUUAUUUCCAUCUUCAUCAGUUGAUAAUGAAAGUUCCAGUUCUAGUGAUAAAGAUCAUAAUGAAGUACUUGAUGGAAUUAGGAACAUAAGGCUGAAGUCAGGGAAAGCAGAAGAGAGCCAGUUAGAUUCAAUUGUAAGUUCUGAUGGACAUCAGUGGCUAAGUGAAGUUAACAGCAGAAGAGAAUGCCCUGCUUCUGGCCAAAGUGAACCUCAUGGUAAAGGAACCAAGGAAAGCAACUUGUCUGGGAAUAGGAGCACGAACCAAUCGGCUAAGGAUUCCCAGGAGUCUUCAGAAGCAAACACAAUCAGAGAAAGACCACGUCCCAACAGUAUGGAUGGAGAUGACAGUGAAGAAGAUCCACCAGAACAUAAGCCAAGCAAACUCAAGAGGAGCCAUGAACUGGACCUUGAUGAAGACCCAGAUUCAGACUUUGAUGACAGUGGUUCCCUUCUAGGAUUCAAGCAUGGCUCAGGACAAAAAUACGGUGGAAUUUCAAAUUUCAGUCGUAGGCGGGUCAGGUAUCUACAGAAGAAUGUGAAGUAUAAGUCAAAGUUCUUGGACAUGAGAAGACAAAUAAAUAUGAAAAACAAACAUAUUUUCUUUGCUGAAGACACAGAAAAAACAUGUUUCAAAAAAAGUAAAGCUUUGAGUAAGGUUGAAAAGUUUCUAAAAUGGGUUAAUGAACCAGUAGAUGCAGAGGCAUCACAGGAGUCAAUUUCUCGUGACAAUGGGCAAGACACUUGCACAAGCAGUGAUUCGGAAGAACAGGAAAUGUCUGUUACCAAAGGAGAUAAGCCACUGGAGUUGAGCAACCCAGAACCGGAGCCGUGUCAUGCCAUAUCUUUAGCUGGUGAACUUGAAACAGAAAAAAAUGAAGGGGACAGCACAGUAGCAGCCAUUACAGAUAAGGAAGGUUGUGUUGCUCAGGAGAUACCAGACUGUCUCCAGGUAGAAACUGAAGCUGAAAUUAAAAAGAAAAAGAAAAAACAGAACAAAAAGGUAAUUGGUCUGCCUCCUGAGAUAGCUGCAGUUCCUAAGCUGGCAAAAUAUUGGGCCCAGAGGUACAGACUCUUCUCCCGUUUUGAUGAUGGGAUUAAACUGGACACAGAGGGCUGGUUUUCAGUUACACCUGAAAAGAUUGCUGAACACAUUGCUGGCCGGGUCAGUCAGUCCUUCAAGUGCGACAUUGUAGUGGAUGCAUUUUGUGGAGUUGGAGGAAAUACCAUUCAGUUUGCCUUAACUGGAAAGAGAGUGAUUGCCAUUGAUAUUGAUCCUGUUAAGAUUGAUCUUGCUCGCAAUAAUGCAGAAGUUUAUGGGAUCGCAGACAAGAUUGAGUUCAUCUGUGGAGAUUUCCUGCUGCUGGCUUCUCAUUUAAAAGCCGAUGUUGUGUUCCUCAGCCCCCCUUGGGGAGGGCCAGACUAUGCCACUGCAGAGACCUUUGACAUUAGGACAAUGAUGUCUCCUGAUGGCUUUGAAAUUUUCAGACUUUCCCAGAAGAUCACUAAUAAUAUUGUUUAUUUUCUUCCAAGAAAUGCUGAUAUUGACCAGGUGGCAUCCUUAGCUGGGCCUGGAGGGCAAGUGGAAAUAGAACAAAACUUUCUUAAUAAUAAAUUGAAGACAAUCACUGCUUAUUUUGGGAACCUGAUCCGGAAACCAGUCUCUGAGUCAUAACUGUGAGGUGGUACAAGGACAGAAAGAUCAUGAGUGGUCAGAACCUUAUUCAGAUGAGAGACUUGAAAUUUGUGUAUGCACUGAUAUACAUUGUACCCAUUGUCUUAAAUCACCAUGUAAAACAGAAACUUACAGAAGGUUGAUGAGUAUUAAUGAACUACUUAGAGACUUUUGGGUGACAUUAACUAUGUAUUGGGUUGAC